AUGUCGGCGACACAAAAGGUUGCCGUGCACUCGUUGCCUGAUCUGAAGAACACAACCGACGAUGCGCUCCCUAACUACCUCCACUCCCUCAAAUUCAAGCAAAUCCACACGCAAACCGACGUCCGGUUGGUGCUCGGCUACAGUGCCGUCAUCAUUGCUGGCGCGCUCUUCUACUUCGACUGGAAGUUUGGCUGGGAAGCUUCAAAGCCGUACACUGCGCCCGCAGUAGUCGCGUACUUUUUGCUCAACGGUGCAUUCUCGUAUUGGCUGUGGUUUGUAGAAAAAGGCGUCGUGUAUGAGGGAGAAGGGAAAAUGGGCAAGAUUCGUAUUUCUUCUUCGACCAAGAAGCACAUCCCCAUAUACGAAUGUGACGUCGUCUUCACGCCCACGCCCUACACCUCGAACCCAGAGCAGAAAAUCCACAUACGCGCGCCCAUGACGCGCUGGUUCACAUCUGAUGGCUACUUCACCGCGAAGCCGUUUCAGCAGUGGCUUGCCUCCGAGGUCCCUGUAAUUGGUGCCGCAGACCCAGACAACGUUGUGGAGGACAUUGGAAGGGGAAGCGGGGCGCAAGAGUUGAACCUGGACAGUUCGAACGCCAUUGAUGUGUUGCAGCAGCUGAAGGCUAGCGGGGCGAGCUUCGUGAGUGGGGACGGGCGAAGGAGGAAGGCGUGA